AUGCGAGAACAAAAUAUAUUUCAAAUGGCUGCUAAUGGUAUCGCUUGGUGCGUUGAAUAUUAUAUUGGUGAUAAAUCCUCGAAUACAAUUAAUGAUGAUGUGCACUUAUAUGGUGAUGGUAAAAAAUCUGGUAAUGAAUCAUUAGCAAAAUUGCAAUUAAAGUGUGAUGCUACAUAUAAUGAUCUUGUACAUGCAAUGCCUUAUUCAAUACGAAAUAAAUAUUCAAAUUUUUCUAUCGCUCGGCGUCCAUUAAAUUUUGACGAAGACGAUACAACAGUUCUAUUAACUCAUAUGAAAAAGUCCGUUGUGCAUAUAGUGGUCAUAUUCUUCGUGACAAAAUUUCCUAAUUAUCCUAUGCGUGAUUUUCAUCGUAAAUUUAGUUCAAAACGCCGAAGUUCAUCAAUGAAAAUUCAUGGUCAAUUGACUGACAAUCAAACAUUUACAUUUGAAGUUUCAGUUAGUGAAACGCAUGCUUGUAUUCAUCGUAUUAAUACUAUUCCUUCUCUAUUACGUCUUCCAUCAGAUACGCUCAUUCCGACUGCUGAUGGAAUGCCAUUUGAAACCCGUACUAAGUCUGUUUCUUGUCGCUAUUUAAAAAUUCGUAAACACAAUAAAAAAGACUAUCCUCCUAUUGCCUGUCAUGGAACAAAUAUAAAAGAUAUAGAAUUAAUUCUUAUGGAUGGACUUGUUAUGCUAAAAGGAACUAAAUAUUUUUCCGUACACUUAUAUGGUGAUGGUCAAAAGUCUGGCAAUGAACCAUUAGCAAAAUUACAAUUAAAUUGUGAUGCUACAUAUAAUGAUCUAGUGCAUGCAAUGCCCAAUUCAAUACGAAAUAAAUAUACAAAUUUUUCUAUUGCUCGACGUCCAUUAAAUUUUGACAAAGAUGAUACAACAGUUCUAUCAGCUGUAUGUCGUGCUCGACAUGGAAAAACGAAAUUUGUUCAAUUACCACUAUGUAUAACAGCACACGAAAAAGCUCGUUACACACAUAGUGGUCAUAUUCUACGUGAUCAUCUUCCUAAUUAUUCUUUGCGUGAUAUUCAUCAUAAGUUUAGUUCGAAAUGCCGAAGUUCAUCAAUGAAAAUUCGUGGUCAAUUGGCUGAUAAUCAAACAUUUUCAUUUGGAGGUUUAUCAUUUACAUUUCCAAAUAAUUGUGCUAAUGAUAAUCUUUCAAUUGAUGUUGAUUACAUAGUAUCACCAGAUUUUGAUUUAUUCGGUUUGCCAACAUGUAUUUGUCUUUUUAAAACUAAAUAUCAUAAUGAAAAUACUAAAUUAAUAGAUAUGCCAACGGUAUUAUUUACUGGUGAACCAAACGCACUACUAUAUAACUGGGUACAACCAUCAUCUUAUUGGUUUUCCUAUAGAACAAGACAAACCCGUUUACUCUCAAUUGGUGAAAUGCAUGCUUUUAUUCGUCAUAUUGAUGUUAUUCCUUCUCUAUUAAGUCUUCCUCCCGAUAUUUUUAUUCCAACUGCUACUGGAAAGCCAUUUGAAAUUCGUAGUAAACCUGUACCUUGUUACUAUUUAAAAAUUCGUGGACACAAUAAAAAAGACUUUCCUCAUAUUGCUUAUCAUGGAACAAAUAUAAAAGCUAUAGAAUCGAUUCUCAUGGAUGGACUUGUUAUGCCAAGUACGGUAGUCUCUAUUGGGUUACGUAUUUGUCCGCCAGACAAUCAUAUUGCGCGAGGAACAUCAGCUUUUAAUGUUGACGACUUUUCAAAUGCAAUAUUUGUAACACCAAGUAUACACUAUUGCUCAGAUCCAGUAUACGCAGUCACAUUUACAUAUGAGGAUGAAUGUCUUAUACCUGUGUUGGAAUGCAGUGUGAAAAAUGGCUCAUUCAAGACUUAUAGAAGUACUGUGAAGGAUUAUGUUGCUCAUCAAGAUGAUGAUAUCAACGCCAUCGAAUGGCGUCUGACAAAUCCAGCAGAUGUUGAAAUCAUAUCUGUACUCUUCGUUCAUGUCAUAACAUCAAAAAGUGAAGCAGCGCGAUUGAGAGCUGAGAAACUCGGUGUUGAUCCAACUAGCGUUAAAUAA